AUGCUCCUGGGCCUAGGAUGUUCUGUCGUGCUGAUGCUAGCCGAGAUUUUUGUGGGGGUGACUCUUUUGUUGACCAAAGACUGGGCGUUGCGGGUCAUCCAGACAGGGCUUGUCCACACCAACACACCCCUUCCAACACAACAACAACAACCACCUACCUCAUCGACGACCACACCACCACAAUUGACAUCAUCCCUCCCUCCAAUUGUCGCUGACAUGUUGCAACGACUUGGAGCAGCAGCCUGCUGGGUAGUGAUAGGAUCGACAGGACUGACGCUGUGUGUGAUGAUUUGGGAUUGGGCCAAGGCACGGUCUAUCGUACAGUCAGAGAGUAUCCCUCGGGCAUUCUUGAGCACACCCGCAUUCCAGCUCUGGGGGAUCAAGUCGUAUACGCAUUUCUGUCUCCUGUCCAAGAUUCAGUGGGGCCGGACCAUCCGGCAACGGUUCGUGAUGAUGAUUUACUUUGGCCUGCAAGGAUUCACUGCAGUGUUGGUCUCAAUCCCAAGGCUCAUGGUCUAUGCGAGCAUCCUCUUGGCUGCCAAGAACAUUCCCGACCUCGCAACAUCACAACAGGGCUUCCAGGCAAUCCAGCUAGCCUCCUUUGCGACUCUUGAAGGUGUCCUCCUGAAGGUCGCCAUGGCUAUCAUGGCCUUGUCAACAGCUGUCCAUGGCCUUCACCUUGUCCGCAUCGUGUUGGCUGGUGUGCUAUGUACCCUCUCACUUUGCUAUCUUGGGCGCAUGCGAAAGGCCAUGACUAGAGAUCUCGAGUCGAGCAUGAGCGACAAUGCGUUCCAACUCGACAGCAGCAUCACCGUCAGCUUUGUGAGCGAGAAGAGUCUCGAUGGACGUCCUCAGCCAGUGUCGGAGCUCAAUCCAAGCAAUGGUCGUCGUCCCUCCCAGGAUGCCCAGAAUGUGUUCUACCAAAUCGAUCUGGAACAACAACACACGCAGGCACCAACGGAUUCACCAGCUGACAGGCCACUCGCUCCUGGAUUCCGUCUCUACCCCUCAUCAUCCUCUGAUGCUGUCCCUCUCGUCAACCUUUCCCUCAGUGAACACAAUCAGUCCCUACCAGUCUUCUCUCAGCCACCUCAACAUGUACAGCCCUCGAUCUCUACAUCCUGCAGCACAAACGGAAUAUAUCUCACGGCACCAGCACCACACACACCCACUGUUUCGACCCGUGGUCAACAUCAGACAGGAGCACCCAACGAGGAAACUGAGCGGCGCAGCACCAUCGAUCAACUCGGACCCAAUAACCGACUUGCAGCUCUCUCGUUCUAUGACGACCUGCUAAAGAGCAUCAACUCGGAGAGGAUGAUCUAUGCCAAUCAAGCCAUAGUUGACACCAGACAAAGCAUUUAUGGUCCCGAACCUGCAACAAGGCGGGAAUACCACAACCCAUCAGUCAACUCUCCUUCGAUCGCCAUCUGCUCCUCGAUCCCCUUGCCUUAUUCGAGCUGCAGCGAAUACGAUGAUCGACACAGCACCGACCAACCUGUACACCCCUUUGACAUUGGCCCAAGUCAACCGCGAUUCCCUACCCCUAGGUCUGAACAGGACAUCACAGCAACCAUCGCCGACAUCUACAUGCAUCCUCUAGAUCUGAUGGAUAUCCAAGGAGGACUCGAGAUCAACCUCCAGUCUCGACCAGGAAGCCAAGAGAGCCUUCAUGCGGCUAAUUUCAGGGACCUCCAGAGAGCGAGUCGGUGUGGAAGCCCUCAUUCACAGGAGACGAUCGAAAACUGGAGGAUCCAUGUUGCGCCUAGUUCGCCUGUCAUCCCAGCGAUCGAGUUUGACAUGCAGGAUGGCCAUCAGCAGAGACAGCAGUCGACUAUACCGACGCCCAUCGCUGGAAGGUACGACGGAUACAACAACUCGAAGGGCAUGGAGGGAGAGACCGACAGCAGGCGAGGGACCAUCCCAAUCAUCCUCUCGAGUCACCUGCAGGAGGCUGCAGCCAUGUACGAGGACGACCAAGACUACUACGGCUUGGCCGACGACCUUGAUGUCCCUCGCCCUUUUUAUGCAUAUGGACAAGGACGAUCACAGCGACAAGGGAGCAUUCAGAGCAGCGUCGGUGGAUACAAUUACUCGACAGCCUCAUCCCCAUCCCUGGCAGACUCGCUCUCCAACCCGAUGUACCAACAGCAAGCCGACGGAAUCUUGGAUGCAGCUGGCGGAGGAGGAUAUCCACGUGCCUUUCCACCUCGCAAGGGCUCUCUGCCCUGCUCUAUCAGCAGCUCUAUCCAAGAAGAUGUCGUCACUCCUCGUGGACCUCAGUUUGUCUACCAGCAGCAGCAUUCUCAGACCCAGAGCCAAAACUCUUUUCUCUCAGCUCAUACGGCUCUUCCCGCGGCGCGUACUCGACCCAGGGCACCUAGUCAUUUGAGCAACAUGGUCAACCAUGCCGAUAGGCUUGUUAGCGACUCUGAGAGUUCAACUUCCUUCCCGGCGAAGCAUGGACGCGUUCGUAGUCAGAGCCAAGGAGGCCACUCUACAACAAACAGAGGUUCGUCCUGGGAUCAACUCGGUGCGUUAAAGGAAGCUCAGGCACGGUAUGCGACUCUUAUCGAUAUUCCUGCAAUAUCGGUCUCGCACAUGGGCUAUCAACUCGACGACCGCGAUGACGACGAUGACUUGAUGCUUCGCGAGAGCGUGAGGAUGUCGAUUAAGGCUGGGAUGAGCCUGAAGGAAGCCCUGGCGAUUGACAACCUUAUGUACAGGAACAGUAUACAGCAACAACAACAAUCUCUGCAUGGUCUACCUUCGACCAGCUUCAAUGGCGAAAUCGACGACAAGAUGGUACACCCUUUAGACCUCUCCCCGCUGAUCCUCCAAACGACGCGCUCAGGAACUCAGCAGCGUAGCUAUGGCUAUUCCGCACAACGGCCUUCACCAGUUCCUGUGAUGACAUCGUCGACAUCGACGGGUUAUGUUCCUCCUCGCAGCAAUGACUCGCCUUCUACUGCUACCGCAACUCAGCAGGCUUGGGACGAGACCUGUGUUGGACUGGGAUUAACCUUGACCACACCUACACCCACACCCACGCGUUAUCAAGAGCCACUUCACGCCCACGCCCAUCAAGUGCCCACUGCAGAUGAGUGCGAUCUCCCUCGACGACCCAUCCCUCUCAGAUAUCACCAACUUGACUCCUCUACGCCACUACAACACCAUCAAAACCAACAUCAAGACCAGCAACAACAACACCGACGACCCGAGAUGACCACGAAAUCGACCUCUGGACUAACGACUCACACGCUUCAAUCCAACGCGACCCUCCACUCUGGCUCGUAUUCGUACACCACAUCAGCCACUUCCAGUACCUUUGUAGAUAUGUCCUAUACGAAUCAUCACCAUUCAUCCUACCCUUCCCAUUAUCCAAUGUCAUCCUCCAGCCAACAUAACAAACACGCAACUAAUGAUUAUGACCAGGACACGACACCCACCUACCCUCACCACCAGUACCACCAGCACUACCAACAACACUCACAGCAGCCCCAGUUGGAUCGGCAGUACUCUUACUCACAACCCCAUGAACAACAAGAGUCCCCGCUCUUCCGUAGGGACUAUAAUAACCCUCCUCCUGUCCAGCGCCAACCCAGUCAACGAAACAAGAAAAACCUGGUCGUCAACGUCUCUCCUCCCAACCAGAUGUACUAA